GGUAGACUCAAGACUGGUCCGUACCGCAACGAGCCAGCCCCCCAUUUCCAUCAUGCACAACGCCAACCGUACUCAUGGGACAGACUCUUGAUCAGUUGAGUAGAAAGCCACGUCAUGUAGAAUCGAGCCGCGAGCCGGGUUUGGUUCGAACACCUUUCUUCGAGGAGGCACAACCUGAUUUUCCUCGCGCUUCAAGCCUCAACCGACGACGAGUGGAGAAGCAAAGACUUUCGGCACAAUGGACAUGGAAGAUGAUGAUGCCUUCCUGUAUGGAGAGGAAGCCACUUCUUCGGCUGCUCCACAAGCCUCCCUUCCGAGCACGUCGACGACGGCCGCGGCGGCCGCUUCGAGCUCAAAAACGAAUGGUAUCUCUGGCAGUGCCGCCGGAGCAAGUUCAAGUGGACUGUCUGCGUCUAUGGCAGCGUGAGUGGAGCAGCUUGAGUCACACGGAAGAUCUACUUCUUCUUUUCCCUCUCUCUCUCUCUCUCACCAGAGGGAUGUCUGAUUCUUGUAUUCAAGAGUGAACGUUUGCUCGAUAUAACAAAGAUGGGCUCUAUGCCUUGCAUUCCAGCAUUACUGCGCGACGUUCAAGCCGGAGUUAACUGACAGGCCUUUCAUAGAUCCCUCGCAGCGUACGGUAUAGAUCCGACUGAGGCGCAAGCCGCUGCGCAGCCUGAAAAUACCGAAGACGGCGGAGUGGAAG